AUGUCCGACCCAACGAAUCAAAUGCAUCAUAUUCAAUAUGAACAUCUCAAAAGCUUCGUACAACAAAUCCUCAUUGCAAAUGGCACAUCAUCCAGCGACGCCGAGGUCGUUGCAAAAUGCCUCGUAGCAGCUGACCUACGAGGCGUGGACACGCACGGAAGCAAUCGCAUCCCAUCAUACAUGGAGCGAAUCCGCCAAAAGGCCCUAAACCCAGCCGCAACACCAACCAUCAACCAAGUGACACCAGCAGUCGCGCAAGUGGACGCCCACAACGGCUUCGGUUUCGUAGCCGCACAUGCCGGCAUGAAACGCGCCAUUGAAAUGGCCGAAAUCUUUGGAAUAGGCAUGGUCUCCAUCAAACACUCCAACCACUUCGGCAUGUCCGCCUGGUUGGUCCAGCAAGCCCUAGAAUCAAACAUGAUGUCCCUGGUAUUCACGAACAGUUCGCCCGCACUACCCGUCUGGGGCGGGAAAGAGAAACUCAUGGGUGUUUCACCUAUUGCAUGCGGAGCUCCAUCCGGCAAUGACCGCCGGCCUUUUAUCCUUGAUAUGGCACCUUCAAUUGCGGCCCGGGGUAAGAUCUACAAGGCUCUCCGGCGAGGCGAGAAGAUCCCUACAGAUUGGGCACUUGAUGGGGAAGGGAGGCAGACGGAUGAUCCGGCGAGUGCGUUGCAGGGCGUGAUGCUACCGAUGGGUGGGCCGAAGGGGUCAGCGUUAUCUGUGAUGAUGGAUGUGUUCUCGGGUGUGUUGUCUGGCUCUGCUUUUGCGGGAGGAGUCACCAAUCCGUAUGAUCCGUCCAAGCCGGCGGAUGUGGGACAUUUCUUGGUUGCUAUCAAGCCGGACUUGUUUAUGACUAUUGAGGAAUUCAAGGGGAGGAUGGAUUAUCUGUAUCAGCGCGUUGUUGAGUCGGAGAAGAUGGCUGGUGUGGAUCGCAUCUAUUUCCCUGGCGAGAUUGAAAUGAUUACUGAAGAGCGAAGGUUGGCUGAGGGUAUCCCUUUCGCCGAGGCUGAAAUAGCUGGGUUGAAUAAGGAGGCGGAUUUAGCGGGGAUUGAGCAUUUGAAGAUGUGA